UUUUCCUGAAAGAAAGGUAACUUUUAGCUACGGGAGCGAACCGAGAAAGCAAACACAGCCAUCGUAAAAAUACGUGUGUUACAGGGAAUACAGUUGCCUAUGCAAACCGAGAGCAAGGGAACUCUUACGGCGUAAAGGGGAAAAGUGAGUCACGUUGGUCAUACGUGCGAGAUUUCUUCCAUGAUUUUUCCUGUUGUCUUUUCUUUUUUUGUCAAUUAAUAAAUAAAUGUUCUUAUUACGUACAUAUAUGUCUACAUACUGAUAUAUGAAACUGAUUAUAAUAUCCGAAAGGAUAUCGCGCAUCGUAUGACCAGCAAUAUCAUGUGCAUAGCAUAAUCAUAAGUUCUAAUACUUAGUACUAAUUCCUGCCCUUUAGACGUUCAGACAGAUGCGACUGCAGAGAAGGGUAAGCAUGAAAUCAUCGAUAAUAUUCAUUGAAAGAUGAUAUUAAAAAUUCGAUAAAAAUGUUAUUGUCUUCUAUACAGGGCUCGGAUCAAAACCUAUGCUUGCGGCUGUAAAAAACGUUUGGACAUGUAAGGACGUUCUGUCGUAACAGUGAUAAGACGUUCGAUUUUUUUCGUAUUAUUUUAAAAAUUGACAUAUGGCUUUUAGGGUAUAGGAAGAUUCGGGAAUGUUUUCUGGAGAACGACCCAGCUAUCGCAUCGAAGACCGCAUUUGUAUUAGGAAAAGGUCUUCCUAAAAAUGACAAUGGUAAUUUCGACUUCCCCAGCAAAUCGCUGUAAGUCUUACCAUCGUGAAUGGUUUUCACGAUUCAACAAUUCAGUGAUCUCAUGGUUACUUCGAUUGCAGACGUAUCAUCGGUAAAUUGCAUGUGCUGUGUAACGUUGCUCAAUCAGAAAACUAAGGUAAGCGAAAAUGUAUUGUUCGAGUGGAAUGCGAUCGUAUUAACGACAAGAAUUUUUUACGCGAAUUAGUUCACAGAAUCAACCAUGAGUGUACGAAGAAAACGAUUAAGUAGACACUGUAUUUAUCGCCAUUGCAGCGGUCUCGUAUGCCCCCGGAAGUUAGUGAAAAAAAGAAAAAACAGGCAACAUUACGUUCACCUACGCGUUUCUCAACAGGCUAUUUCUGAUUAUUGGAAAGUGACCGAUGAAUCGGUACAUGGUGAAAAUAAUAUUAACGAGGCUCAAAUAUAUCAAGAAAAUACAGGCGGGAAGGAAAAAACCAUAAAAAUAACUCACGAACAUAAAGAAGAAAUAUCGAAGAAGCAUGAUAAAUAUGCGGCGGAAGAGAUUGAAAAGGAUAUGGUAUUAAAAUCAGAAUGUAAAUCUCCGUGUGUUUACCCUAAUAAGCCUUGCAGUGAUUGCAGUAUCUCUCCAUUAUCUCUACGAAUAGCUGAAACUAAACACGAAGAGAGCGAAAGUAUUAGAAAAUCGAGUAGUUUCAAACACAUUUGUGAUAGUAAUACGAAACAUUUUUUAAUGUACAUGCAGAAAGAUACCUCUAGUGCUUUGGAAAGGAAGAGUAGCUCGUGUAGAACUAGUAAAAUCGAUACAUCGCACGAACGUUCAAAGAAAACUUCGAGUGAAAAAUGUUCGCCAAGUGGCACAAGUUUCGACGAAACCACUAAUACAGAUGACUAUAUGAAUUCGAUUUUGUAUUACGAUAUACGAAAAAAAUUUGCGUCUACUGCUAAGAAAAAAUCAUCAAAAAAUUGUUUGAAGAUUGAAAAAGGCAUUGAAUUAAAAUUGACUCCUGAAGCAGAAAUAAAAAAUACAGAGAAAAUUAGUUCACAUCAAGAGUCGGACAUUGAUGGAAUCAAAAGUAACUUUUCGGACAACACGCGGGUGUACUCUUUGAAACAAAAGCAAAAAUAUAAUUCAAAACGCCCUAUAAAUAAAUCGGCUACAAAAUUGCAAAAGAAACUUCCAUGUCGUAACAUUGAAAUUAGUUCAGACAUGCAACAGAAAGAUACUUACCCUGUUUCUUGGUAUAAAAAUACAGUGUAUCAGAGAAAGCUGCCAAAAUAUCCUUGUCAAAGCUGUUAUUGCGAUGCAAAAGCACGUAAUUAUGAUGAUUCCCGAUGGAGUGGCAGUAAAAAACAAUCCUUCUCAGAUUUGCAGCCCUAUUCUUCGUUUCAACCACAAUACAAUACGUUAUCUAUGAAUUUGCAACCGCAAAGGAAUAAUUCUCCAUAUGAAUGUCUGAGGACGAAGAAAAAAAUUGAUUCAAGGGUCGAUUAUAAAUUUUCACCGUCUCAUGAAACUCGUUCGUCGAAAUUCAAACCACAAUCGAUGCAAUAUAAAGAGAAACCGACUUUGGUCAUCUUCAAAAACAGAAGAUCCAAUAGAUCGAGGAAUUCGACGAAUUCGUUAUAUAGUUCUUCGACCACUUCUACCAGUACUAUUAAGAGACCUGUUCACGACAAUUUAGUUACGUCUCAACGUUCAACCUAUAAAUCAUCACGUUAUACGAUGCCUUCGAGUGAUCAAUAUAAGCAUAAUAAGAACAGCGCAAAAAUAGAUACUACUUCUCCGUUGUCUUCAUCAUCAAGCUUAUCAUCGUCCAAACGAUUUCAUUCUUGGACAGUAUUACCACGAAACGCUGUUUAUCAUAAGCAAGAACCGAUUUCUUCCUCUUCGUGCACAGACGUUCACAGAUGGAGAAGAAGAUACUCGGAAACGAAGAAAAGGACGAGUUCGUAUCUUUCAUCCACUACCUGUUCUUGUUCGUUGUCACCGUUAUCGACAUUUAGAGAUUAUUGUUUAGAGGAAUCGGAGAAGGAAGCAAGGCAAAUUAAAAAGUCGCGGAGAAAACCAAGAUUUCGUGCACAGAAGAAGAAAAUAAUAUACACGGAUGAACGUCACGUUAGAUGGAAUAUUAAGAAUAUGUAUUAGGACUAGAAAAGUAAAAGGAAGAAAAUGAACAGAUAUGAAAAGCAUGGAAAGAAAAGAAUUAUUGAUGUAAGAAGUAUAUUUUAAUCAUAGGUACACGUGAGGAAAUCACAAACAUAAUUUAUACCUCGAUAUUAUUUAAAUAGAAGGUCCACGCAACAACGUUGGUAAAGUAACAUUUGUGACAUGCUCUAUUCUUUUAGUAGAACCAUCGAUAAAGACAUAAUUCAAGCGUGAACUCGGUUAAAUCAUAAAUUUAUCGUGUGACGAUGAAACGUAAGCAACAACAGUAACGAGUACACGUAAUUGGCAGGUACCGAGUUAGCACUGAAACUCCGUGAAUAAAUUGGACGUAGUGCAAAGGAGUGACGCGUCCCGUUGGACGUUUGGAAAAUCUGAAACUCGAUUAAUAUGCGUCGUGUCCGUAGGUGAAGAGUCUAUAAGUAGAUCUUCUACGGACACGAACGUCAGUCAUAUUCAUAUAUUAUGUUCUGACCUGGUAGACGAAACCUUCCUUUACGCUAACGAGAUAUCUGCAAUGGUUAACACUAUACAUACAUCAGGCAAUGCCACGAUAUACAUCUUUGCCAAAUAUCUCAACUACAAUUUCGUUGUUGUGAAAAAAAGGACAAAGGAUUCUUUCGCUUUAUUAUGUGUAAUCGUAGACUUUUGAAUGAAGAAAUCUUCCUUUUUCUUAUUAUUCGUAGAUAAUGUAUGUCCGUCUCUUCAAUUUGAUAAAAAUGUAUCUUUAUAACAUUAUUGUGAUGUAUCGUUUUUCAUAACUUUUAUGAAAGUUAAAUAAAAUAUGUUUACUGCCAUCA